AUGUUAAUCAAAUUACUCAACAUCUUGAGGCAGGUUCAAAGUCUCCCGUGCCUUCACAUAAGUGAUCCUUUUCUCUCUAAAAUCGUCGAAACCGAUGCCUCUGACCUAGGAUAUGGAGGAAUCCUUAAACAGAUUCAAAAUGAUAAGGAGUUGUUGGUACGCUUUGCUUCUAAACAUUGGAACCCUACCAUAAUCAAUUACUCCACUUCCAAAAAAGAAAUGCUUGCUAUUGUUUUAUGCAUCUCAAAAUUUCAGCAUGAUUUGCGCAAUCAAAAUUUUUUACUACGCAUUGAUUGCCAAUCAGCAAAAUACAUUUUGGAAAAAGAUGUUCAAAAUCUUGCUUCUAAACAAAUAUUUGCACGAUGGCAAGCCAUCCUUAGCAUUUUUUAUUUCGACAUACAAUUUAUAAAUGGUUCUUCAAACUCUCUUCCAGACUUCCUUACCCGGGAAUUUUUGCAGGGAGGAUGA